CUCCGCCCUCGGUGGUCGAGCGGCACGUGCGUGUCCCUCCCUCGGUUGCUCUGUGCCUCACCUCGUGGGGCCAUGGCCGGAGCCCCUACCUGCCCGCUGCCGCAGGAUGAUGACUAUCGAGCUUUAUCCUUGUCUGGUCAUGUUGGUUUUAGUACUUUACCAGAUCAACUGGUUAAAAAAUCCAUCAGUCGGGGCUUCUUCUUCAACAUCCUUUGUGUUGGGGAAACUGGAAGUGGGAAAUCAACCCUGAUAAACAGCUUAUUUAACACCAGUUUUGAUGACCCUGUGUCAACUCAUUUUCUGCCAAAAGUAGAACUUAGAGCCCAGACUUGUGAACUUCAGGAAAGUAAUAUUCUUUUGAAGCUGACCAUUGUAAAUACGGUGGGAUUUGGUGACCAAAUAAACAAAGAAGAUAGCUAUCAGCCAAUAGUGGAUUAUAUAGAUGCAGAAUUUGAAGCCUAUCUCCAGGAAGAACUGAAAAUUAAACGUUCUUUAUUUAACUACCAUGAUUCUCGCAUCCAUGUUUGCCUCUAUUUCAUUUCACCUACAGGCCAUUCCCUGAAACCCUUAGAUUUAUUAACCAUGAGAAGCCUAGACAGCAAGGUGAACAUUAUACCAAUUAUAUGCAAAGCAGACAGCAUUACUAAAAGCGAACUACAGAAUUUCAAGAACAAAAUCAUGUCUGAAUUAGUUAUUAAUCGCAUCCAGAUAUACCAGUUUCCAACUGAUGAUGAAGCCAUUUCUGAACUGAAUGCCAUCAUGAAUGGGCACAUGCCAUUUGCGGUAGUAGGAAGUGACGAAAAGGUGCAAAUUGGAAACAAAAUGGUGAGAGUUCGUCAGUACCCUUGGGGCACUGUACAAGUAGAAAAUGAGAGCCACUGUGACUUUGUAAAGCUUCGUGAGAUGCUUAUUUGCACAAAUAUGGAAGAUUUAAGAGAGCAGACUCAUGCACAACAUUAUGAGUUGUACAGACGGUGCAGACUGGAAGAGAUGGGCUUCAGAGAUGUGGGUCCAGGGAACGAACCAGUCAGUCCACAGGAAGUCUAUGAAGUAGAGUGGUCUGAGUUCUACCUUGAACUGCAAAGAGAAGAGAAGGAGCUAAGACAACAGUAUGUGCGGAGAAAGAAGGAGAAAGUAGCAAUGUUUAAAGAAGAAGAGCGACAGCAACUGGCUAAACAUGAACAUCAAAUGCAAAUUCUUGAAGAAAUGCGUCUGAAAUUAGAGAAAGAGAAAAAAGUUCUAGAAGGCGAAAGAGCUGCAUUUCUUGAGAAGAAAGCUAACGCUGAGUUACUCCAGUCAGAAGCAUCUGUCUCUACCCUUGCUGUUAGUUUGAACGAAGGCAAGGACCGCAAAAAGAACCAAGGUUUUCGACUUGAAUUGCUGUGCUUUGAUAUCAGAGAUGAAGAAACUGUGACUGUUCACGAACAGAGCAAGAGGGAGAGGGAGAAGUUAGAGGGGAGAGAAAUUCACCCAGGGGAUUCCAGAAAUGACAAAUUUGAUUGCAGCACUGAGGUUUUGACUGUAGGAUAUGUUAUUUUUAUGAAGCGGUCCAACUGCCGCUACCCCAUAAUAUUGUGUGUGUCUUCCUAGGACAGAGUUUUGAGAAAGAUUGAUGAAAUUGGCUGUAAAAUUACACUGAGUGCAGAAUAUGACCUGAUAAGCAUUUCACUUCCUUUAUUUCCUCACUCCCAAACAGAAACCUCAAGUAAAUUGUGAAAUAUCAGAAAUGUGUUCAAAAUAAGUUUCCCCAAUAACAUGCCCAAUUUUUUAAUAUAUAAACAUUGAAUGAAAUAUUCAUAUACUAAAUUGUUUUUCUACUCCAAACCCAGAAGCCACUUGAUGAAUUUUUUUUCCGAUAAACUACAACUUUACUGCAGAUAACAUUUUGUUGAUUAAUAUCUUACUGCAGUUGAAAGCAGAUUUUUUUGGUACAGAAAUUAUCCAUAACUGCUACACUAUGAAAAACUUUAGAAGUUAGAUGGGUGCUCAUUUUUGGGUAUAUGCUAGCAGCCUGCUUGUGAUUUUGCCAAAAUUUAUUGCAUUUCAAGUAAUAUUACUGAGUUCCUUUUCCUAAACUCUUUUUCCUGGUUUUACAUAUGAAAGUGGAAUUGUUGGUAGUAGAAGUCAUUAUCUGCACUAUUAUGAGUAACUCUCAACUACAGAAAAUAUUUAGAUUUGGUUUUUUCUGUUUUAUUUUUUUCAGAGUAUGUUAC